AUGUUGCCGGAAAGGAAGGAGCACGGGGGCGCACUGACGGAAGACCGGCACGGACCCCGAGCCAUCACCGGGGCCACGUGUCUGAGCGCCCGCCCCGUCCAGGACUUGGGGGGAGACUCGGAGAAGGGACCAGAGGCCGAGCGUGGCCCCCCAUCAGCCCGAACGCUCCCGAGGCCCCGGAAGAAGCGCACCGUGUACCUCAAGGAGCAGCUGCAGGAGCUGGAGAGACACUUCUGGGCCAACCGGUACCCGAGCUACCGGGAACGCGUGGCCCUGGCAGCCGGGCUCAACCUGGACGAGCACCAAGUGCAGGUAGGACCCCCGCCCCCUCCGUCCACACUGGCCACGGGGUCCACUAGGAAGGUGGCACUCCUCCGGCCGGACCACCUGCCGUGUGGUUCAAGAACCGCCGGGCCAAGCACUCCAGGCUGCCUAAAGGGCGAGGUCGGGGAGCCAGCGCAGCGGCGCCCAGGGGCCGCGGAGCCGGCGUCCCCCAAUGUGUCCCUGCCCCUCCCCCCGUCCUUGUUCCCGCCCGUGUCCCUGAGCACGCCCCGGUCGGGGUCCCUGUCCCUGCUGGCCCCGCGUUCCCUGGGGGCCCAGGCGCCUGUCACCCCGCUCCGCACAGCCCCCGGAGGAUCCCCCCUGCGGCAGAGCCCGGCACCUGCAGCCUGA